CUCAGUGUGUGAGAGUCGUGUUGUUGUUAAACCAGACACUGCUGCUCGACUUCCACUCAUCGCUUGACAGGAGUUUCCCCUCAGAAGUCCUGGUGGUGCCGGGAGACUCCCACGUGUGAAAGCCGGGCUCAAAACGAAGUAAUUAACUGGCAGCGUCCCUGCCAACCCUCCCCCUUUUAAACCCAAGUUUCAUCAAAACACUGCUCUAACCCUUCAUCAGGAGAACGCUCAUGUGCUUGCAAGGUGACCAGACGUUCUUGGGAACGCAGACUCGCAACACAAGGAAAGUAGCACAAUGACAGGCCGGCUGCCCACGAGGCUUCUGCUGUGGUUCAUUGGGUUGUUAGGCAUCGCGUUAUUGACGUUAUUCAUGGUAUGCGUGGCUUUGCAGAUCCAGGUGCCAUGGCAAGGGAUGAGCCUCCAAAGCUUCCCAAGUAAACAUUUCAGUGGGAACUGUCCCAACAACAUUAGGAAGCGUGUGCCUCAGACUCAGUUUGCUGAGAUGUUUCUGCACAAUAUUCCAGUGCUUCAGUGGGCAAAGCAUUUCACUCCAGAAGAGUACCAGCGGUUGAGGCACUACGGUGGAGCACACGGCUGGGGAGGUGUUAGUGCCGAAGUGUUGAACAGCUCACUGGGAAUUUUAAAUACACCUGCAAAUCGGUUGAUGUUUGAUGACUGGGAGAAUAGUGCAAACGGAUCCAAGUGUAUUCGCUGUGCUGUGGUGGGAAACGGUGGAAUACUGAAUGGUUCAAGGAAAGGAAAGGAGAUUGAUGAACAUGACUAUGUCUUCAGAGUAAAUGGUGCGGCUCUUAAAGGGUUUGAGAAUGAUGUGGGAUCCCGGACUUCCUUCUACACAUUCUCAACCAAUACUAUGCGAAACUCCAUGCGUAGAUACGCUCGCAUAGGCUACAGAGGUCCACCUAUAUCCAAGGAGACCAGGUAUAUAUUCCUGCCAGACCAUGACAGAGAUUAUAUUCUUAUGAAGGCGGCUUCCACACACACAGCAAUUGUUAAAGGCCCUGAGCGCAGCAAAAAUCCCCCUGCAUACUUUGGUAAAGAUGUGACGGUAGAAAAAUUCAAAAUCUACCACCCAGACUUUACCCGCUACCUCAGAAACAGGUUCCUGCAUUCCAGACUUCUGAAAACAGGUGCAAGAAGAAUUUACAGGCCGUCCACAGGAGCAGUAAUGCUCCUAGCUGCUAUUCAUACAUGUGACCAGGUUGAUGCUUAUGGGUUCAUGACCCCUGACUACAGAUUGUAUUCGGACCACUACUACGACAAACAGCGACAUCCAGUGCAUUUCUAUGCCAAUCAUGACAUGCGAAUGGAAAUGAGGUUGUGGCAAGAGCUGCAUAAUGCCGGACUGAUGAAUCUCUUCAUGAGCAAAUAAGCUCAAAAGGAUGGACGCUACAUAUUGUGUAUAGGGUGUUUUUUUUAUUGUCAGAACUGAAAAACUGCUGGGAGGCGUGUGCAGGACAAACCUGUUAUUCUCCCUUCUGUUUUAGACAUAUUUUCUUUUGAAGGAAAAGUUCAUAUUGUUCAACAGAAACCUACGUGCAGAAACUAUGUAGGCAAUACUUUGGAUUGACUGUCUUUUGAGACAAUUAAUGAGAGACAAAUGGCUGACUAAUGUGUCACAGGGGAGAGGCUUUGUAAACAUGGGUAGAGUUCAGGAAUAACUGAAUAACUCGUGUUCUUGGCCGCCAUUUGUUCACACAUUGUCAUUUCAGAUCAAGGCAGGACAGGAUGAAUUCCAGCCGUGCUUUGGGCCACAUACAAAGAUUCGGUAAUGCGUGCCUUUAGACUUCUCAAACAAUGGACUGCCAUGGUGUGUGAGAAACACUGAGAAUUUAAAUUUUCUUCAGAGAAUCACACUAAGAGCAAAAUAAUCAACCAAAGAUAAUAUUUUUAAAUGAUUUUAUUUUAUAUUCUUAAUCAUAUUCCUUUCAUAUGGUGUGGGAGUGUAAGUGAUUAUAGGUGGUCCAUUCAAAAUGGAUUUGUUUUCUCUUUUUAAGAGACUUUUUAUGCCUUCGGCCCUAAGGCAUAAAACGUUUACAGCUUAACUUUACUUGGAAGCUUUAAAGUGCAAUAUCUUAUAGAGUUCACAAGCUGUUUGAAUCAAAAUGUGAAUAUCUUUUGUGAUUUUUGUGAUCCUGCUAUGGUCUGUUUGGUCACUUGAUGCUAUCUCUUGAUUGAAUUUAACAAAUUUUUCACAAAAUAAUUUAACUGCUAUGUUCACUCUGGGGAAAUUAACUGGUUUAGAGAUUCACCACACUCGUGGUUAGAUUUCAAAAAUCACUCCACUUUUAUAAAACGGUUAAGGAUUUUUGUAAACAGAUGCUAAGUAAUCAAAAUUGAAAGAUGGUCCUAUAGCAGCGUGUAUUUUAAAAUUGUGAAACUGUGAAAUUUGAAAUUUUGAAAUUGUGUUGUUGGUUAUAAAUGAUAUGCCUCCAUUUUGUAUCAGAAUGCUGUGUAUAUGGCUUUAUUUAUAGUGUGGAAUUUUUUUUUUUUUUCAAUAGUUUGCUUUAAAAAAAUUUGUUCAGUCUA